AUGCAGCGUUCAGCUCCUCAGCCUCCUGAGACCUACCACACCCCGCCGUUCCCAUCCCUCAACGUCGAGACGAUCUACGACAAGACCCCCGACAGAAGAUUCACGCUCUACUAUAUUGGCGAUAUCUGGCGAUUCACCGUCGUCUGGACACUCGUCUUCUUCGCCCUCUUCCACUUGGCUGCCGUCGUCAUUGCCAUCUUCACCCACGGCCGCAAGAUCUCGUCAUGGAAGUACCUAUGGGCUGUCCCUUUUGUCUACUUGACUGUGGCGGCCAUCGAGGCCGUUUUGUCAGGUAGUCUCGUCGGUUUAGUACUUGGUGCGGUGUAUGGUGCCGGGUACUACGAGAUGAACACAUGGAUUCCUUGCACGUGGGGGUUUAUAUGCGUCCUCAUUCUCAUUAUAUCGUCCUUCUCUAUUCAAGGUGGAUUAUAG